UUCUGACCCAGCCAGUGGAGAAUUGAAUCUUUCCUCUCUUGAGAAAGAAAGAUAUUCUUAGUCACAGUUCUACUGUUAUGAAGAGACACCAUGACCACAGCAAAUCUUAUACAUGCAAGCAGUUAAUUGGGGCCGGCUUACAGUUUCAAAGGUUCAGUCCAUUACUAUCAUGACAUCAGGCAGGCAGACUUGGUGCUGAAGAAAUAGCUGAGAGUUCUACAUCUGAAUCAGCGAACAGCAACAAGAGGGCAGAGCAGUGGCCCCUGCCCCCAGGCAGAAAACCUGGUGAGGUCAAGUGGAUUCAGGAACCCCGGAAAUUCUCAUAAUUGAGAACAGUGGGCGUUUAAAUCUUCUCCUGACCAUGUUCCUGUCCUGGGACACAUGACUAUGACACCCCGUGGGAGAGGACUGUGAGAAUCAGUCACUAAGGGCAGCAACUGACUCCCUUCCACAUGCAGAUGAGGCAUCCCUAACAUCUCACACCAAGCCAAUAGAAAGCAUCUGCCUUUAGACCCCAACCCAUCCCCAAAUGUUGUUUAUAAGAUCCUACCCACAAGGAAUAAAGUGUACAAGUUAUGUCACCAAAGACUCUGAGAAUGCCCAUUUCAUCCAGCUGUAAACUGGAAGGGAAGAGUAUUCUCUCCUGAUGCUUUGGUUGCUGGAGGCUGCUAGAGCCUACUGCAGCCCUUCCUGUUCAGUGGACCUGACCUUGGCUCCUGACCACCUGCUGUGUCCUGCUCCAGCCUCCCCAGAGGCCUGGCAGCCAUACUUGCUUCAGCCCCCCUCGGAUUGCUGCAACUCUUUGGCCACUCUGGCUGGGCCAGAACCCCAGAGAGAAGAGAGAGGACAAUGAGUUUUUGGAACCUCAAAGUGACACACUUCCUCCAGCAAGGCCAUAUUGGCUCCCACAAGGCCACACCUCCUAAUCCUUUCAAAGAAUUCCUCUUCCUGUUUCUUAGUAAAGCCUUACCGCAAGAAGAGGACAACAGUAUGAUCGUCGUCGUUGGCCUUCCCAUCUGGAAAAGAAUUGUCUUCUACUGAGAUCUAGGGAAGUGGGACGCUUUGACUCAUCACAAUGAACUUUAUAAAGGACAACAGCCAAGCCCUCAUUCAAAGGAUGGGCAUAACAGUUACAAAGCAAAUCUGUGAUGAUCUGUUUGCACUGAAAGUUCUCAACGACCAAGAAGUUGCCAUAGUUUGCUGUGAGCGUGUGGAGCAGGAGGCCGCACGAAAGAUCGUCCACAUGAUUUUGAAGAAGGGCUCAGUGGCCUGCAACCUCUUUCUCAAGAGUCUUGAAGACUGGGACUAUUUUGUGUAUCAGGACUUAACUGGACAAAAUCUUUUUUACCAGAUCACAGAUGAAGACUUGAAUGUUUUGGCCCAGAAUUUAAAGGACUUAUACGACAGCCCUGCUUUUCUGAACUUCUUUCCCCUGGGUGAAGAUAUCGACAUCAUUUUUAAUCUGAAGAUCACCUUCACAGAACCUGUCUUGUGGAGGAAGGACCAUCGCCAUCACCGCGUGGAGCAGCUGACUUUGGGAGGCCUGCUGGAGGCCCUUAAGAGCCCCUGCCUAAUUGAAGGAGAAUCUGGCAAAGGGAAGUCCACCCUGCUGCAGAGAAUUGCAAUGCUCUGGGCCUCAGGAAAGUGCGUGGCUCUGAAUGGGUUCAAAUUGGUCUUCUUCAUCCGCCUGAGCAGUGCCAGGGGCGGACUGUUUGACACAUUGUGUGACCAGCUCUUGAACAUGCCUGACUCCAUCAGCAAGCCAACCUUCAGGGCUCUGCUGCUGAAGCUACAAAAGGAGGUCCUCUUUCUUCUCGAUGGUUACAAUGAAUUCCAUCCCCAGAACUGCCCAGAAAUCGAGGCCCUGAUAAAGGAAAACCAUCGUUUCAAGAACAUGGUCAUUGUCACCACCACCACAGAGUGCCUGAGACACAUCAGACACGUUGGCGCCCUGACUGCGGAGGUGGGAGAUAUGACGGAAGACAGUGCCCAAGUUCUCAUCAGGGAAGUGCUGAUAAAUGAGUUGGCUGAAAGCCUGUUGCUCCAGAUUCAGGAGUCCAGGUGCUUGAGAAAUCUGAUGAGGACCCCUCUCUUCGUGGUGAUCACCUGUGCAAUUCAGAUGGGCAGAAAGGAAUUCCAAGCUCACACACAAACCAUGCUGUUCCAAACCUUCUACGACCUCCUGAUACAGAAAAACAGGCACAGGCACAAAGGUGGAACUUCGAGUGAUUUUGUCAGGAGCCUCGACUACUGUGGAGACCUGGCCCUGGAGGGUGUGUUCUCCCACAAGUUUGAUUUUGAACCCGAGGAUGUGUCCGGCAGGAAUGAGGACGUCUUGGUGGCAACUGGGCUCCUCUGUAAGUACACAGCUCAGAGACUGAGGCCCAAGUAUAAAUUCUUUCAUAAAUCAUUUCAGGAGUACACAGCAGGCCGGAGACUCAGCAGUUUGCUGAUGUCCAGAGAGCCAGAGGAGGUGAACAGGGGAAAUAGCUACUUAAAGAAAAUGGCCUCCAUCUCUGACAUCACAUCCCUGUAUGGCAAUCUGCUCCUGUACACGUGUGGGUCAUCCACAGAAGCAACCAGGGUUGUCAUGAGGCACCUUGCAAUGGUAUAUCAGCAUGGCAGCCUACAAGGACUUUCUGUCACCAAGAGGCCUCUCUGGAGGCAGGAAUCAUUACAAAGCCUGAGAAAUACCACCGAGCAAGAUCUUCUGAAAGCCAUCAACAUAAAUUCCUUUGUAGAGUGUGGCAUCAAUUUAUUCUCAGAGAGUAUAUCUAAAUCAGCCCUGAGCCAAGAAUUUGAAGCUUUCUUCCGAGGUAAAAGUUUAUACAUCAACUCAGAGAACAUCCCUGACUACUUGUUUGACUUCUUUAAAUACUUGCCUAAUUGUGCAAGUGCACUGGACUUCGUUAAGCUGGAUUUCUAUGGAAGAGCAACAGUGUCACAGGAUAAGGCGGCAGAGGAUGGCCCUGGAGUUCAUACAGAAGGGUCCUCAGAAACCUACAUUCCCCCCAGGGCUGUGUCUUUAUUCUUCAACUGGAAGGAGGAAUUCAAGACUCUAGAGGUCACACUCAGAGAUAUUAGCAAGUUGAAUAAAAAAGAUAUCAAAUACCUGGGGAAGAUAUUCAGCUCUGCCACCAACCUCCAGCUGUAUGUCAAGAGAUGUGCAGCCGUGACUGGAAGGCUCAGCGCAGUCCUCAGAACCUGCAAGAACAUCCAUUCCCUCAUGGUGGACGCUAGUCCCCUCACCACGGACGACGAGCAGCACAUCACAUCUGUGACAAACCUCCAGAACUUAAGCAUUCACCGCCUGCACACUCAACAGCUGCCAGGUGGUCUUGUUGACAGCUUGGGUAAUCUGAAGAACCUCGAGAAACUCAUACUGGACGACAUUAGGAUGAACGAGGAAGACGCUAAAGGCCUAGCAGAAGGCCUGCGAAACCUGAAGAAGAUGCGUUUAUUCCAUUUGACUCAUUUGUCUGACAUUGGGGAGGGGAUGGAUUACAUAGUCAAGCGUCUCUCAGAAGAACCCUGUGAUCUACGAGAGUUGAAGUUGGUGGCCUGCUGUCUGAGUGCAAAUUCUGUGAAGAUUCUAGCACAGAAUCUUCACAAUUUGGUAAAGCUGAGCAUUCUCGAUAUAUCAGAAAAUUGCCUGGAAAAGGACGGAAAUGAAGCUCUGCAGGAACUGAUCGGCAGGCUCGGCGUUCCGGAACAGCUCACCACACUGAUGCUGCCUUGGGGCUGGGAUGUGCACCUCAGCCUGCCCAAGCUGCUGAAGCAAUUGGAGGGGGCCCCGGGGCUCGCCAAACUUGGAUUGAAAAACUGGAGACUCAGAGACUCAGAGAUUAGAAGUUUAGGUGAGUUUUUGGAGAGGAAUCCUCUGAGAGACUUGCAGCAGUUGGAUUUAGCGGGACACUGUGUGAGCAGCGAUGGGUGGCUUCCCUUCAUGGAUGUGUUUGAGAAUCUUAAGCAGUUAGUAUUUUUUGACUUUAGCACUGAAGAGUUCUUACCAGACGCAGCACUGGUGAGGAAGCUUAGUCAAGUGUUAUCUAAGUUAACUCUUCUGCAGGAGGUAAGGCUCAUAGGCUGGGAGCUGGACGACUAUGACAUCAGCAUUAUUAAAGGCACCUUUAAGCUAGUGACUGCUUACCCCAAGCCACCAAAUACUCCGGGGACUCCCUCACUUCCAGUGGAUCAUUAAAGGCCGUGCAGAAUCCGGGCAGUGGUAGUGCACACCUGUAAUCCCAGCACUCUGGGAGGCAGAGGCAGGCGGAUUUCUGAGUUCGAGGCCAGCCUGGUCUACAGAGUGAGUUCCAGGACAGCCAAGGCUACACAGAGAAACCCUGUCUCGAAAAAAACAAGUCCAAAAAAAAAAAAAAAAAAAAAAAGCCGUGCAGAAGUGAGGCUGCAGAGCUGGCUCAGAGGUUAAGAGCACUGGCUGCUCUUCCAGAGGACAUGGGUUUGAUUCGCAGCACCCACAAGGUGGCCCACAACCAUCUGUAACUCCCAUUUCCUGGGGAUCUAACAUCUUCUGAUCUCUAAGGGAACCGUGCAGCAAAAUACUCAUAUCCAUUAAAUAAAAUUUUAAAAUACUUAAAAAAAAAAUCUUGAGGAAGGAAGUCGAAGAAGUCGGGAGGGGCUUGAGAAACCUGUUUGGUCUCAUCUCUCCACACAGGAUAAUCUCUGUGCCCUUCAGCUGUGUGUGUGUGUGUGUGUGUGUGUGUGUGUGUGUUACUUGGUCCCAAGAUACUGGGUCACAAAACCUUGAGAUACCCUGUUCAUCUGUCCUUAGUACAGUAUCUGGCCUAUAUAGACUCAACCAUUACUUGAUAAAUAUGUGACAACUAAAUUACCAAUAAAUAAAAUUGUCUAGAGAACAGA